AUGAAGCAAUUUUCCCUAUUUACACGGCCUAGAUUGCCACCAAAAUCGUUCAAAUGGCGCAACCUUAUAACUGUAGCAAUUGAGACUUCAUGCGACGAUACAAGUGUCGCUGUGCUCGAGAAGCACGCGAAUCGCUCGGUUCAAUUACACUUUCACACAAAAAUCACAUCCGACAAUCGGUGCUUUCGUGGCGUACAUCCUAUAGCGGCGCAUGAGUCGCAUCAAUUCAACCUUGCCCGGCUAGUGCAACAAGCGAUUGAAAGUCUUCCGUUAGCUAGCGCAGUAGACAAAUGCGCUGGUCGCGCUGCUAUCUAUGGAACACGGCUGCUGAAAAAACCAGACUUUGUAACUGUCACACGCGGCCCUGGUAUGCGGGCGAGCUUGAUAACUGGACUGGAUACGGCCAAGGGACUCUCAGUUGCCUGGCAAGUGCCCCUGCUCGGCGUGAACCAUAUGCAGGCCCAUGCGUUGACACCACAUCUCGUUUCUGCCCUCAACACGUUCCUGUCGGGCACUGAUGAAGCCGUUCAACUCACUCCCGCAUUUCCAUUUCUCACUCUGCUAGUCUCUGGGGGCCACACCAUGCUAGUACAUACUCGCUCGCCUUGGGAACACAAAAUUAUCGCUAACACUACGGACUUAUCUAUUGGCGAUAUGCUUGACAAAUCUGCGCGGGUCAUUCUGCCCACAUCACAAAUCUCGUCUUCAAGUGACGUGAUGUAUGGCCGUCUUCUUGAGGAAUUUGCAUUCCCUUGCUUGUCACCCAGAUACGAGUACGUGCCGCCCAAGACAUCGAUAAAAGCUCGCAGUGGGGAACAUCAUGGCUAUAACUGGAAAAUCACUCCUCCUUAUAUUUCGCCUGGACCAGAAGGACCCUUAAAGUAUGCGGACUCGUUUAGCUUUUCGGGAAUGGGUAGCAAGGCGAGAAGCACUAUGGCUCAAAACCCGAAUAUGUCCAUUGCAGAACGGCGCUGUCUGGCUCAGAUACUCAUGACAGUAGCUUUUGAACAUCUUGCCUCAAGAAUUCUAUUUUCUCUAGAUCAACAGGCACUUUGUGGCAUUUCGGCUCUCGUAGUUUCAGGUGGCGUUGCAAGCAAUCAAUUCUUACAUACAGUUUUGCGGAGACUCUUAAACGCACGGUCAUUCCAGCAUAUUCAGCUUGUCAUCCCGCCAUCAAACUUGUGUACAGAUAACGCAGCUAUGAUCGCCUGGACCGGCAUGGAAAUGUUUGAGGCGGGAUGGACAACCCAGCUAUGUGCCAGCUCUCUGAGGCAGUGGUCUAUUGAUUCUAACUGUAGUGAUGGGGGGAUUUUAGGGGCAAGUGAUUGGCUGUAUAAUGGCUGUGAUCACAAACAGUAG